GGGGAGGCGGCAGGGAAGCUUGGCCAGGGGAUCCACCAUGCCAUGGGGCAGUCCGGGAACGAGGCAGGUAAAUUUGGCCAGGGGGUCCACCAUGCCAUAGGGCAUGCUGGGGAGGCGGCAGGAAAGCUUGGCCAGGGGAUCCACCAUGCUGCAGGGCAGGUUGGGAGAGAGGGGGACAGAGUGGUUCAAGGGGUCCAGCCUGGGUUCACUCAGGCUGGGAAGGAAGCAGAACACUUUGGCUCAGAUGUGCACUAUGCCGCAGGGCAGGCUGGGAGCGAGGGGGACAGAGUGCUUCAAGGGGUCCAGCCUGGGUUCAACCAGGCUGGGAAGGAGGUGGAUCAGUUUGGCCAGGGGGUGCACCAUGGGGUUAACCAGGCUGGGAAGGAGGCCGAGAAGUUUGGUCAGGGGGUGCACCAUGGGGUUAACCAGGCUGGGAAGGAGGCUGAGAAGUUUGCUCAGGGGGUGCACCAUGGGAUUAACCAGGCUGGGAAGGAGGCCGAGAAGUUUGGUCAGGGGGUGCACUAUGCCACAGGGCAGGCUGGGAACGAGGCGGGCAGAAUGGUUCAAGGGGCCCAUCAAGGAGUCAACCAGGCUGGGAAGGAGGCCGAGAAGUUUGGUCAGGGGGUGCACCAUGGGGUUAACCAGGCUGGGAAGGAGGCCGAGAAGUUUGGUCAGGGGGUGCACUAUGCCGCAGGGCAGGCUGGGAACGAGGCGGGCAGAGUGGUUCAAGGGGUCCAGCCUGGGUUCAACCAGGCUGGGAAGGAGGUGGAUCACUUUGGCCAGGGCGUUCACCAUGCCGUUGAACAGGCCGGAAAGGAAGCAGACAAAGUGGUCCAAGGGUUCCAUGAUGGGGUCAACCAGGCCGGGAAGGAGGCAGAGAAACUUGGCCAAGGGUUCCACCAAGCGGCUGGCCAGGCUGGAAAGGAAGCGGAGAAACUUGGCCAAGGGUUCCACCAGGCUGCUGGCCAGGCCGGGAAGGAGGCGGACAGGUUGCAGCAGAAUGUUCAUAAUGGGGUCCACCAAGCCGGCAAGGAGGCCAACCAGCUGCUGAAUGGCGGUCAUCCAGGCGGAUACAACGGCCAGCACGGAGGGGGCGCAACCACCACAUUAACAUCUGGAGCUUCGGUCAACAAGCCCUUCAUCAACUUUCCGGCUCUGUGGCGGAGCGUCGCCAGCAUCAUUCCCUAAACUGACACUGGCUUUGCUGAGCAGACUGACAAUUCCUGUGGUUCUAUCAGCUGAAGGACUGGAGGAGCUGGGGGUGGGGGUGGGGCGGGAGCCCUAGUGAUGUGGGUCCCAUGAAGGGGCUGUACUGAGAUUUGUGAAUAAAUAUGACCACUAUACCCUCA